AUGCAGAUCUUCGUCAAGACUCUGACGGGCAAGACCAUCACCCUCGAGGUGGAGUCUUCCGACACCAUCGACAACGUGAAGUCGAAGAUCCAGGACAAGGAGGGAAUCCCGCCCGACCAGCAGCGUCUCAUCUUUGCUGGAAAGCAACUUGAAGACGGCCGGACCCUCUCGGACUACAACAUCCAAAAAGAGUCGACGCUGCACCUCGUCCUCCGCCUCCGUGGCGGUAUGCAGAUCUUCGUCAAGACCCUCACGGGCAAGACGAUCACCUUGGAGGUCGAGUCCUCCGACACCAUCGACAAUGUCAAGUCGAAGAUUCAGGAUAAGGAGGGCAUUCCGCCCGACCAGCAGCGCCUGAUCUUCGCUGGAAAGCAGCUCGAGGACGGUCGGACUCUUUCCGACUACAACAUCCAAAAAGAGUCGACGCUGCACCUCGUCCUCCGCCUCCGCGGUGGCAUGCAGAUCUUCGUCAAGACACUCACCGGCAAAACCAUCACGCUGGAAGUCGAGUCUUCCGACACGAUCGACAACGUCAAGAGCAAGAUUCAGGACAAGGAGGGCAUUCCCCCGGACCAGCAGCGCUUGAUCUUUGCGGGCAAGCAGCUGGAGGAUGGCCGCACCCUGUCAGAUUACAACAUCCAGAAGGAGAGCACCCUCCACCUGGUGCUUCGUCUGCGCGGUGGCAUGCAGAUUUUCGUGAAGACCUUGACCGGAAAAACCAUCACGCUCGAAGUUGAAUCGUCGGACACGAUUGAUAACGUGAAGAGCAAGAUCCAGGACAAGGAGGGUAUCCCUCCGGACCAGCAGCGCCUGAUUUUCGCGGGCAAGCAGCUGGAGGAUGGCCGCACACUGUCGGACUACAACAUCCAGAAGGAGUCGACUCUCCACCUGGUGCUGCGCCUCCGUGGUGGCCAGUGAGGUGGCAGAGCUCGAAUCGAUACGUGAACUGGAAUGACAUAUGGAUCGGCGUUUUACGGGUUUGGUCAGUAAUGAACAGGAUGGCCGGGUGUUUGGAACUCGUCGGAUCUCCAUAGUUCUGCCGUCUCGGACAUCACGGGGCGUGGAAGCCAUCACAAUAGACUCUGAGUGCAGUCUGCUCUUAUCUUUACCAUGCGCAUGUGAACAUCCCAGG